AUGGAACAGCGCUCCAAUGUCCUACAGUUGAAAUACAAUGAGUACAAACAGAUUAUGGAGGAUCUGCAGUCUAAAAUCAUUGAGCUGGGAAAUGACAAAGACGAACAUAAUGUGGUCCUUUCAACGCUAGUAGGUACAGAUUUGGAACGUAAAUGUUACAGAAUGAUCGGUGGAGCUCUAGUGGAAACUGACGUUGGUUCUACCAUCCCAGUCCUGGAAACUAAAGAGAAACACCUCACCGGCACAAUAUCUACAAUGAAAGCAGAUUUGGUAAAAACGGCGGAGGAGUUUGAGAAAUGGAAGAAAGAUAACAAGAUUCAGGUAGUGAGACAGUAA